CCGGGGCCGGCGGGGCCGGGGCCGGGGCGGGGGCCGGGAUGGCGCUGGAGCGGGCGCUGCUGGCGGCGCGGCAGGGAGACGUGGAAGCGCUGCGGGGGCUGCGGGCGGCCGGGCUGCUGCGGCCGGGGCUGCGGGACGCCCUGGGUGCCUCCCCCGCGCACCACGCCGCCCGCGCCGGCCGCCUCGCCUGCCUCCGGUACCUGGUGGCCGAGACCGCGCUCCGCGGGGACGCGCGGGCGCGCAACGGGGCCACACCGGCCCACGACGCCGCCGCCACCGGCAACCUGGCCUGUCUCCAGUGGCUGCUCACGCAGGGGGGCUGCGGCGUGCAGGACACAGACAACUCCGGUGCCACCAUCCUACACCUGGCAGCCCGCUUCGGUCACUACGAGGUGAUCGACUGGCUCCUCCGCUUCGGAGGCAGCGACCCCACGGCAGCCACUAACACGGGAGCGCUGCCCGUCCACUACGCUGCGGCCAAAGGGGAUUUCCCUUCCCUGCGCCUCCUCUUGGGACACUGCCCCAGCACGCUGAGUGCCCAGACCAAGACGGGGGCCACCCCGCUGUACCUCGCCUGCCAGGAGGGCCACCUGGAGAUCAUCCAGUACCUGGUGCAGGACUGCGGGGCCGACCCCCACGCGUGCGCCCACGACGGCAUGACCCCGCUGCAUGCCGCCGCCCAGAUGGGCCACAACACCAUCAUCGUCUGGCUGAUGAGUUUCACGACGGUGAGCCUGUCGGAGCGGGACACCGAAGGCGCCACGGCCAUGCACUUUGCCGCCAGCCGUGGCCACGCCAAAGUGCUGAGCUGGCUGCUGCUGCACGGCGGGGAGAUCACUGCCGACAGCUGGGGCGGCACGCCGCUGCACGACGCUGCCGAGAACGGCGAGCUGGAGUGCUGCCAGAUCCUGGUGGUGAACGGCGCCGACCUCAGCAUCCGCGACCAGGACGGCUACACCGCGGCCGAACUCGCCGAGUACAACGGGCACGGCCACUGCGCCCAGUACCUGCGCACCGUGGAGAACAUGAGCGUGGAGCACCGCGUGCUGUCGCGAGACCCCUCGGCGGACGGGGAGUGCCGGCAGCCCGACUCGGGCAUGUCAUCGCCCAACACCACGGCAUCGGUGCCCCAGGCACGCUUUGAGGUGGGCUCCCCUGCCAGCACCCUCUCCAACUACGACUCCUGCCACUCCAGCCAGUCCAGCACCGGGGAGAAGAGGGGCGGCCCCCUCGGGGCCCCCACCGCCCGGGUGCCCGAGCCGGCGCUGGCGGACAUGCAGGCGUACAUGGACAUGCUGGACCCUGAGACGCGGCCGCGGGGCCGGGGGCUGGUGCGUGAGGGCCCCUCCCCACCGCCGCCCCCCACCUUCCCCCCGCCGCCACCCCCGCCCCCUGACACCCAGCCGCCCCCGCCACCCCCCGACUACCCCGCGCCCCCCGCGCCCCCUGCAGCCCCCCACACCGCCGACAUCUAUGUGCGGGCCAAGAACAACCUGCGGCAUGUGGAGAGCCUGGCGCUGCGCCGAGAGCGGGCGUCACGUGAGAGCAGCCCCGAGGGCCUGCGCAGGGCCGAUUCCACCAGGCGAUCGAGGAAUUUCAGCAAGCAGCCGAGCACCGGCGACUACUACAAGCAGCUGGGACACGGCGCGGCCAAGCAGCCCGGCCCGUGGCGAAUGGCGCACAGCGAGGAGGCAUCGCCCAUCUCGGCCGACACCAUGCGCAAUGGGGAGAGCAGGCCCGGUGCCGAGCUGCCGCCUCCGCCACCGCCCCCGCCGCUGCCUGACGCCGCCUGCCCGCUGCCCCCACCGCCACCCCCGCUGGCCGAGACCCCCGCCGGCCCCCGCCGCUCCUCUUCCUCCACAGGAAGAGGAAAGGCGCUCAGGCAGAUGAAGAGCACCAAGUCCUUCAACAUGAUGUCCCCCACCGGUGACAACUCAGAGCUGUUGGCCGAGAUCAAGGCCGGGAAGAGCCUCAAGCCAACGCCGCAGAGCAAAGGCUUCACCACCAUCUUCUCCGGCAGCGGCCAGGCAGGGGCCAACGCAGAGUCGCCGGCAUCCUCCCCGUCACCCACAAGGACGCCCACCCCACCGGCCACCCCCGAGGCUGCCGGGCCACCGCGUUGCCUGGCAGGGGGCUCGCCCGAGCCGGUGCUGAAUGGGAGCUCACCGGUGCCGGCGGCGGGGGCAGGGGUGGCAGGGGAGGCCGAGGCGCUGGUGCCGAGCCACGACGAGCAGGGCCGGCCCAUCCCCGAGUGGAAGAGGCAGGUGAUGGUGCGCAAGCUGCAGCUCCGCAUGCAGGAGGAAGAGGAGCAGCGGCGCAAGCCCGGGAGCUACUCGCCGCCCCUGUGCCGGUGCAGGCCACCCGCCCGCGGGGGCACGCCGGGACCCGCCGGGCAGCCGAUGCGGGAGGAGGACUUGUGGCACCUGGAGAGGCAGCUGGGGAGCCUGCGGGUGAUGCACCAUGCGCAGCCGGUGCAGCCGGAGGAUGAGCUGCCGCUGCUCCCGCCGCUGCCGGCCGCCCCGGCACCCCGGCGCUUUGCCCUCGCCCGCGAUGACCCGCUCGCCCGCAGCCGCCAGCCCCCCGCGCUGCCAAGGAGCACGGCCAUGCCGCCGGCCACCCUGGGGGGCUGGGAGGGCCCCAGGGCUGGGGGGGCGGAGGGCGGCCCCGGCGCCCACCACGAUGCCCAGCGCGAGAUCCUGGGCUGCGGUGUCUCCGUCCGCAGCCUCAAGGCCAACUACGAGGGGCCGGGGGGGGCCCCCGCGCCCCUCCCCAGGGUCACCAAGCGCAAGUGGGCGCAGCCCCCCCGCAGCACCCGCCGGCCCGUCCUGGAGGAGGAAUAUGGGGACGGGGCACUGCGGCGGAGCCGGCCGGCACCGCCGGAGCUGAGCGGCCCACGGGAGCGUGCUGAAGCGCGCAAGGAGCGUGCCGUCGUCUUCUUCCUGGAACACUGGAAGAAGCGGGCGCUGGCGGCGGUGUCCAGGGAGGAGCGGCCACAGCGGCCAGGAAGACGGCGCCCGGCGGCGGGGCGGCUGCUGGCCCGGUGGAGGAGCAUCGCCCGCCGGGUGCCGGGGCGGCAGAUCCGGCGGCUGAGCCGUGCCACGGUGCUGUACUGGCCCCAGCACUUCCUGCCCUACAUCGGCGGCUCGCCCAUGCCCCACGACAGCCUCCCACUCGACCUCUUCAUGCUGGGCUACUUCCAGCUGCUGGAGAUGCCGCUCAGCCCCGAGGAGCGGCGCUUCCGCCACCUCCUCUGCUACGAGAUGUUUGACCGCCUGGGCAGCCACAGUUGGCACCACGUCCGACGCUUCCACCGCGCCGCGCUGGAGCGGGUCGAGGCCGGCCACCGCCACUGGCUCGACGGCUUUGAGGAUCUCGUGCAGGAGUUUUUUGGGGACGGCACCGCCGCGGUGGCGGAGAGCCCGCCAGAGCCCCCCCCCAUGGCCCUGGGAGGGGAGGGGGCAGCAGCACCAGUGCCGGUGCCAGUGCUGGAGCUGGGCGAGUUCAGCGAGGAGGACGUCUGCCGCUUCAUCGACCGGAGCUUCUCCUUCUGGAAGGAGAAGGAAGCGGAGAUGUCCGACACCUGAGCCCGGCGGGAUGCUACGGCUGUGCCAGCAGUGUGGUGCGGGGCUGGCCAGGAGCGGGCACCGGGGGCCGCGAGACCCAGUGCCCGGGGAUGCUCAGCCGCCUCUGCGGCUCUGGCAGUGCCGCGGCCUGGCUCAGCGCAGGGCUCAGGGUCGGUUUGCGUGGCCCCGGGCCGAGGUUGCAGUGUGCCGCUUGCCGUGGCUGUGUGUUGUGCGGGGGGGGGGCAGCACCGGGGCUGCGCUCCCCUCUGGCGUGGCGUUUGCGGUGCUGGGGCGGCGUGGGCCCCCGCGUGUCAGUGCAAUAAAGCUGUGGUGUGCUGCGAAGGGCUGGCCACGCUGCGCGCUCCUUCCUCCUCCCCGCGCCGGCAGAAGGCGGGCGGUGAGGGGCGGCGAUGGCGAGGUGCCGGGGCGAUGCCGCUGCCCCGUGGCGCCGGCGGUGUGGGUGGGCUCCCGGCGGUGCCAGUAACGUGGCUGUCUG